GGCCAUUGGCGUGGAGCCAACGCAACCCAAGAAUCUGUCAUCUGCCCUCUCUCCUGCCUCAAUAGACUCCCUCUCGAAACAGUGUGCGGGAGAGGCUAUACCGUAGCUGCAUCUCCACUAAAUACUUACUUUGCUGUCGACCUUCUACACCGGCUCUUCCACGCCCCCCAGAUCAACGAGGAUACCAUCAGUCGUUACUCGGAAAACUAUACUGAUGCACGGGUUCUAGCUCGAAGUGGCCCUACCAAGUCAGCGAGGGACAGCGAGGCCUUACAGCUGUUUGCCAUUGACAUUUAUGCGUAUGAUGUUGCGGUACCGGGCGCCGGGUGUUCUGGGGAUAAUGUUGCAAAGCGUAUUGCCAGCUCUAUGUUAGAAGCUCUCAGUAGUACCGCUCCAUCCACAGCCGUUGGCAAUAUACCAGUGGAAUCAGUGCCUCUGGGGACGAACCGUCCGCCAGGGUCGCAACAUGAAGGGACGCCUACCAAUGCUGCGGUAAGAUAUGCCCUCUGA